AUGGUACCUUCGCCCGUGCCUCCCCCGUGCACGGCGCUUCCGCCUACACCAGGUCUGAGCGCCGCUUCGUCGCCUAACCCGAGCACACGCAGGCUCUCGCACCGCGAUAAUAGGACGAGCAGCACUUUGGCCGCACCGAGCAUCCUCAGCAGGAGCAAUCGCAAAUCCUACAAGCCUUCGAGUGUCGCUUUGACGCAGGAAGAGCACGAUGAGUUGGUCCAAAAGAUCCUGGCUGACCUGAAACCAAGACACUUCUCGACCUCCAUCCGCCCCCUUUCCCGUAGAGAGAGACCGGUCAGCGUUGCUUCUUCGAAUCACACCGCGGUGAGCUACAAGAUGGCCAGCAAGGCUGUUGAGAUGCAGCACAGCGACUCUUCCCAAAGCGAUUCGGCAAAGAGCGGCGAAGACGCGAUGGUCAAGAUGUCUUCCUCCGGUUCCAAGGCUUCGACUCCGCAGCUGAGUCAGAGUCGUACACCGACACCGACGACUCCGGGAAGUCCGAUGCUUCGACAAGACAGCAAAGAGAAGGAGGGGCUCAAGAAACACUCGGAUGGUGUGGCCAUGUCGCCCUCUGCUGCUCUGGAGAGUCUUCGUGUGUUGGAGCAGAGCUUCGACAGAUCAGCAUGCAAUUCGCCUCUGAUGGGAAGCCCUGACGCCGAGGACUUUACUAGUACCGUCGUCGGCUCCUCACCUACCAAGGCUGCCCACGACGAAGAUCAAAAGUCGACUUCGCCGCCGCCACCUCCUAGGGUGAAGCGGAGCAGCUCGUACCGUAAGUCUGUGCCGACGAUGGACGAGCUGGCGACCAAUACCGGCCUGGGUAUAGACACCUGCACCAAAUCUUCCCCCUCGCAACCAGCUUCUCCUACCACCAAACAGGAAUCGUCGAGUUGGAUCCGCUCGCUCACCACGCUCGAAGCCGUCCGCGUACUCGCCUUCCAACAAGACGUCGCUGAAGCAUGUGAGAGUCCCACCUUCUCCUCCUCCCCCUCCACCACCAACGUCGAAACGGCCACUUCAGCGGACGAAGUCAACGCACUGAGACUUGCGCUAAAGUUUACACUGGCACGAGCGGAUACGCUGGCAGACGCGCUCAAGCGCACCGCCGAGGAGAAGAUCAAGGUCGAGACCGAGUUGGGUAUCUUGCGCAAGAACGUGCUGUCCAUGUUGGGAAGUCAGAACAUGUUUGGUUCCAUUCAGCACGGCGGCAAGGGAGGGCAAGGCGGGGGUGGAGGUGAAGUGGUUGUUGAGGAGGACGAGGACGAAUUCGAGGAUGCUCGAUCGACGAGGCAGAUGGAGAUGGAUAGUGACCGGGCUGCAGCUGCACAUAUUGUGGCACGGCCAGCGACGGUCGUUCGUCCUUCGCGGGCUAAGCGUGCGAUCAAGGACGGUUCAGCAGCAGCCGCUGCUGCCAAGCCCUCCACCUCUGCCGCUGCCACCGCGACUGUCAAACAGCCCAGUGGCGGAGUGAGCAUCGCCAGCCUGCGGAAGAACACCUCUACCGCCGUCUCAUCCAGCGUCACCCAGCGCUACGAUCCAUCUCGCAAAGCCUCCCACCCGUCCAACGACGUCUCCACCAUCUCCUCCUGCUCCACCUCCUCGCUCGACGACGAUUUCGAGAUGUAUCCCUUCACCUCCCCGCCACCUCGUCGUGCUGCAACCGAAGUCUCCAUGACCGACUUCCUCAACGCCUCCCGCAUGUCCAAAUCCGAGAUCCUCGAUCACGACUCUCGACGACAUCUCGAACAAGACGAUCUGGACCACCACUCUAUCUCCUCGCAUUGGCCCCUCAACCGAACUGUCGCUGGAAUGUCACCCAGCGACUACUCGAAACGCGCCGGUGGUGGGGGAAAGUUCUUCGGUGGAAUCACAAAGUUGAACAAGAGAGCUGCGAGGAGGUCCUCGAGUAUUCUGAAUAUCUCCAAUCCCGUGGCGGCGACGGGGCUGAAGAGAUCCGCCUCAUCGAGCGGUGGCAGCAACGGUUUCGCAAUGCAGUACAGGGAGGAGAGUAUCAUUCCACAGGUCAACGAGAGCAGGUCCAGGGGGACGCGGGGAACGCUUUCGCUCAGUGAGGCGUUGAGGGACAGUCUCGAGAAGAAUAGCUUGAGAGAGGCUGGUAUUCGCGCUUGA